AUGGCCGGCCCCAACAUCGAUGCCCAGCAGCUCCGCGAGUCCCAGAACGACGACACCCGCGUCUUGGGCUACGACCCUCUGAUUUCUCCCGAACUUUUGUCCUCCGAGAUCCCCGCUACCCAGGUCGCUCUCGAUGCCGUCAAGAAGGGCCGUCGCGAAGCCCAGGCCAUCGUUCACAAGCAGGAUGACCGCCUUCUCGUCAUGGUCGGUCCCUGCUCGCUGCACGACCCCGACGCUGCCAUUGAGUACUGCGGUCGUCUGAAGAAGCUCGCCGACGAGCUCCAGGAUGACCUCUGCAUCAUUAUGCGCGCCUACCUCGAGAAGCCCCGUACCACCGUCGGCUGGAAGGGCCUGAUCAACGACCCCGACCUCGACGAGAGCUUCAAGAUCAACAAGGGUCUGCGCGUCUCUCGCCAGCUCUUCUGUGACCUGACCAGCCAGGGCAUGCCCAUUGCCAGCGAAAUGCUCGACACCAUCUCUCCUCAGUUCCUUGCCGACCUCAUUUCACUCGGUGCCAUUGGCGCCCGUACCACCGAGUCUCAACUGCAUAGAGAGCUUGCCUCCGGUCUCUCUUUCCCCAUGGGUUUCAAGAACGGUACCGACGGCAGCUUGGGUGUCGCCGUUGAUGCCAUUGGCUCUGCUGCUGCCAAGCACUACUUCAUGGGUGUUACCAAGCAAGGUCUUGCUGCCAUCACAAAGACUACCGGAAACAAGGACUGCUUCGUCAUCCUCAGAGGUGGAACCAAGGGUACCAACUACGACGCCGAGAAUGUCAAGAAGUGCAGAGAGGCUCUGGCCAAGAAGAGCUUGCCCCAGGUCAUGAUGAUUGACUGCUCGCACGGUAAGCAAGCCAAGUCUGCCGUUUCAAAGGUUCGAAAAUUGACAAUUGCCUGCANNGGAAACUCCCUCAAGGAUCACCGCAACCAGCCCAAGGUCGCCAAGACCAUCUCAGAGCAACUCCGCGCCGGCGAGGAGGGUAUUGUUGGUGUCAUGAUCGAGUCUCACCUCAACGAGGGUGCCCAGAAGGUUCCUGCUGAGGGUCCUUCUGGCCUCAAGAGAGGUGUCAGUAUCACCGACGCCUGCAUCAGCUGGGAGACAACCGUCGACGUCCUCAAGGACCUUGCCGAGGCCGUCAGAGUCAGAAGACAGGCCAAGAAGUCGACCACCAACGGUCAAUAA